CUCUCUCAUUUCAGAGUUCCAUUCGAGAGUGAGACAGAGAUGUCAUCGUCGACGACGUUCAACGCCUUGACUCUCAGGCCCAUCCCCGCCGUCUCGCCGGCCGGUUCCCGGCGCCUAUCUCCGGCGUCCCUCUCCUCCUCCUCCUCCUCCUUCUCCUCCAAGAUCCUGACCUUGAAGAGUGGAUCGAAGCCGGCGCCGUCCUUCAGGGUUCGCGCCGUGGUCGAUGAUGACGAGUGGGGAGGGGAAGAGCCAGCAUCGAGCGUCGCCGUGGCGGAGGUCAACACUGAGGUCGUCCAGCUGAAGCAGAAGCUGAAGGAUCUACUCUACGGGACUGAUCGAGGGCUCAAGGCGUCGAGCGAGACACGAGCUGAGAUCGUGGAGCUCAUCACCCAGCUCGAGGCCAAGAAUCCCACCCCUGCUCCAACCGAUGCACUCAGCCUUCUCAACGGCAAGUGGAUCCUCGCGUAUACUUCGUUCUCCCAGUUGUUUCCGUUGCUGGGAUCGGGGAGGCUGCCGGAGCUGGUGAAGGUGGAGGAGAUAUCGCAGACCAUUGAUUCGGAGGCGUUCACGGUGCAGAACUCGGUGAAGUUUGCUGGGCCACUUGCUACUACUUCCGUCACCACCAAUGCUAAGUUCGAAGUCCGCAGCCCUAAGCGCGUUCAGAUCAAGUUUGAGGAAGGUAUCAUCGGCACCCCACAAUUGACAGACUCUAUAGUACUUCCCGACAAGGUGGAAUUCUUGGGUCAGAACAUCGAUCUCUCCCCUUUAAUGGGUGUAUUCACAUCUAUCCAAGAAGCUGCAUCUUCCGUAGUAAAGACCAUUUCUGGCCAACCUCCAUUGAAAAUUCCAAUUGGCAAUAGAAAUGCUGAGUCUUGGUUAUUGACAACAUACCUCGAUGAGGAAUUAAGGAUCUCUAGGGGCGAUGGCGGCAGUGUAUUUGUGCUCGCCAAGGAAGGCUGUUCUCUUCUGGAUUAGAAAGAAAAAAAAAAACAAAA